AUGCCUUUUGUGGUGCCACCUGUUGGUGAAGAAGCCCUCUCCCUUAGCCACGCUGGCGGGGAGUUUGAGGCAUAUACAGAGCUUUACGAGGCCCUUAAUGCCAAAAAUUCACAAAUGCUUGAUAUGUACUUCAAGUUCGAUAAGUAUGCAUUGUUGAGUACAUCCAUAUAUCACAAUUAUGUCCAGGCCUUCAAUAUUAUCAGUAUCAACACAGAAUUUCUCUGUCACUCACAAUUGACCAGCGACAACUUUGAAGCAGAUUUAGCUGACAAACACCAGUAUCUUCAGCAACUUAGUAGUAAAAAGAAUGAAGAUAGUGCUGAGAUGGAAAUCUUGUGGCAGGCAGCAUUAUCUGAAUUUAACUGCCUCAAUCUCCGCAUCUUAAUAGAUGGAUUUACACGGAAAAAAGUGGCAAAAAUACAAUGUAAUUGUACAAAUGCGCAAAAGAAGCCUGAGCUCAAGUUGGAUGUUGUUCAGGCCUUUGAGGCUAGACUCAGAGUUGAGGAAAGAUGGAUUGUGGCACAUCCUGGGCGUCAAAAGGCACAAUCUUGCCUUGUCCAUCACCACUUUUAUAAAGCUGUUAAUGAUGUUGAGCAGUUAGUGGUCAUGCGGCUAUUAGAACUUACAAAGUUACAAAUGAGUGGCUUGGGAUGCUACAACAAGUAUGCCACUGAGCUUGAUCCUCCGAAGUCCCCAAUAACAUGGGAUCAAAUUGUGGAGUAUUCUUCUUUCAUUACACAGCAAGCAUAG